AUAGGGUGUUUAGCUUAGCUCAACAAUUUUCUUGCACCUCAAGUCGGCUGCUUUCAGCACCUUCAGCUACCUUUUAUUUUAGUACUUUUUUUAAAAAAAAAUUACUCUCGACAUCACCAAAACUAUUAAUACUUAUUGGGUUUUGAUUCUUUGUGUGUGUUCUCCGAAAACAACGCCAUUAACAUUUUCUCUUAAAACCUCUCCCAAAAUCUACUUCAAGAAGACAAACCUCAAAUAUUUCCAAAGGCAGGAAUAAAGGUAUUGCUAGAAAUUUGAUUAAAACAAGUUGUUCAUGGCACUUGCACGGGUUGCCAGGAAUGGCUUGAGAAGAUCAGGUGGUGUCGGUGGUGGUAACACGACUGAGAGGAAUAUCUUCUUUGAAAGAUUAUCCGGUUCCCUUGAAAAAAUCAAUGUGCACAGCAAUUUGACAUCCCUUUCCACCAUAAAAGGGUUGAAUCACAUGAAUUUUUGGAGCAGGGGAAUAAGGACAACCCCACCUUAUCAGUUUCCUUUAGCUGAGCGACUAGUGGAGACAGAGUCGGAGUCAGAACAUGAUGAACCAAGGUAUCCAGGACUGGAGGCAACCAAGCCAGGUGAAAAGCCUAGAGUGGUUGUCCUUGGUACUGGAUGGGCAGCAUGCCGAUUCCUCAAUGGGCUUGACACCAAAGCCUAUGAUGCUGUUUGCAUAUCACCUCGAAACCACAUGGUUUUCACCCCUUUGCUUGCUUCAACUUGUGUUGGAACUCUUGAAUUCCGCUCGGUUUCCGAGCCUGUUAGUCGGAUACAGUCUGCAUUGGCAACAAGCCCCAAUUCAUACUUCUAUCUUGCUUCUUGCAUAGGCGUUGACACUAACAAACAUGAGGUGUAUUGUGAGACAAUGAGCAAUGGUGGACUACCUCACGAACCUUAUCAAUUUAAAGUUGCAUAUGACAAGCUUGUAAUUGCCGCUGGAGCAGAGCCUUUAACUUUUGGUAUCAAGGGUGUGAAGGAAAAUGCAUAUUUCCUUCGUGAAGUGAAUCAUGCCCAAGAAAUAAGGAAGAAACUUCUUUUGAACCUGAUGCUCUCUGAAAAUCCAGGCAUAUCAGAAGAAGAAAAGAGCCGCCUCUUGCAUUGUGUUAUCAUUGGGGGUGGCCCAACAGGAGUGGAGUUCAGUGGUGAGUUGAGCGAUUUCAUUAUGAGAGAUGUCCGGGAGAGAUACAGUCAAGUAAAAGAUUACAUCAAAGUUACACUCAUAGAGGCAAAUGAGAUAUUGUCAUCCUUUGAUGUUGGACUACGCCAAUAUGCAACAAAUCACUUGAGGAAGUCGGGUGUUCAACUCAUGCGAGGUGUUGUGAAAGAAGUCCAUCCCAAAAAAAUUAUUCUCAGUGAUGGAACUGAUGUCCCUUACGGCCUCUUAGUCUGGUCUACUGGUGUUGGUCCCUCUCAGUUCAUUAAAUCAUUAAAUCUUCCCAAAUCCCCUGGCGGAAGGAUUGGUAUCGAUGAAUGGUUGCGAGUACCUUCGGUAGAAGAUGUAUUUGCACUCGGAGAUUGUGCCGGUUUCCUUGAACAGACAGGGAAGCCUGUCCUUCCAGCUCUAGCUCAAGUUGCAGAGAGGCAAGGUAAAUACCUGGUGGAGGUGUUUAACAGGAUGGCGAAAGAGGAUGGGGGCAAGGCAUUUAGUGUCAAAGAAAUGUCUCUGGGAGACCCAUUUGUCUAUAAGCAUCUGGGAAGCAUGGCAUCUGUGGGUCGUUACAAGGCCCUAGUAGAUCUUCGCCAAUCUAAGGACGCGCAAGGCAUAUCACUUGCGGGGUUCAUAAGUUGGUUGAUAUGGCGCUCGGCUUACUUGACGCGUGUGGUUAGUUGGAGGAACAGGUUCUAUGUGGCAGUGAACUGGGCCACCACGCUGGUCUUUGGCAGAGACGAUUCCAGGAUAGGUUGAGGCACGGCAUGGCAUAGUCAUUGCCUUGCGCUGCUCUUUUAAUAUUUUCAAUCUUAUAUGCUGCUAUAAAUCUUUCAUUUUUGUAUGGUUUAUUAUUAACUUAAUAAAAUACCCAGAAAAAGGAAACAUAGAUUCAAGCAA